AGCGAGAAGAGAAGCGCGCGAAAAAGAAAGCGAGUGCCCGAAGAAAGCGCGCCCCUAGAAAGCGCCACUAGAAAGCGCCCCAAGAGGGCAAGUGCCCCGGAGAAGCGGCGCCCGAAGAAGCGCCCGAAGAGAAAGUGCCCGAAAAAGCGCCCGAAAGCGGCGCACCGAAGACAGCGAAGCCCGAAAGAACAAAGCGCCCGAAAGAAGAAAGCGAGCAACCCUAAAGAGAAAACCCCGAGAAGAGAAGCAGCGCGCCAGGAGAAAGCAGCGCCCCGGAAAGCGGCGCCCGGGAGAAGAAAGCGGCGCCCCGAAGAAAGAAAGUGGGCGCCCCGAGGAGAAAGCGCUCGAGAGAAGCGGCGCCCGAACGGCGAAGCCCGAGAGCGAAGCGCGCCCGAAGAGAAACAGCGCCCGAAGAGAGAGCGAAAGCGCCCCUGGAAAGAGAAGGCAAGCGCCCCGGGAGAAAGCAGCGCCCGAAAGAAGGCGAAGUGCCCGAAAGCGGCGCCCCUAGAAAGCGCCACUAGAAGAGAAAGCGCCCCAAGAGGAAAGCGGCGCCCUGGAGAGAGAAACCGCGCCCAGGAGAAAGCGCGCCCGAAAGAAAGCGCGCGCCCGAAGAAAACAAAAGCGCCCGAGAAAACAAAAGCGCCCGAAGAGAAAGCGGCGCCCCUGGAGAAAGCGGCGCCCCUGGAAGAAGAGCAAAAGCGCCCAGAGAAAGCAGCGCCCGAAGAAAGCGGCGCCCGAGAAAGCAGCGCCCCUGAAGAAGAGCAAAAGCGCCCGGGAGAAAGCGGCGCCCGAAGAAAAGCGCGCCCGAAGAAAAGCGGCGCGAAAGAAAGCAGCGCCCGAAGAAAGCGGCGCCCAGAAGAAGCAAGCGACCGGAGAAAGCGGCGCCCGAGAAAGCGCCCGAAGAAAGCGCCCGAAGAAAGCGCCCGAAGCGCCCGAAGAGAAGCGCCCGAAAGCGCCCGAAAGCGCCCGAAGAGAAGAGAAAGCGGCGCCCCUGGAGAAAAGCGCGAGUGCCCCGGGAGAAAGCGCCCCGAAAAAGCGCCCGAGAGAAAACAAAAGCGCACCGAAGAAAAAAGAGCUCUGGGGAGAAAGCGAGCACCCCUAGAAAGCGGCGCCACUAGAAAGCGCCCGAAAAGCGGCGCCCGAAAGCGAAAAAGCGAGCUCCAGGGAGAAGAGAGCGCGCGCCCGAGAGAAAGCGAGGCCCGAAGAAAGCGAGGCCGCGAGAAAGAAGCGGCGCCCGAAGAAAAGCGAGCCCGAGAGAAAAGCGCCCGAGAAAACAAGCGCCCCGAGAAAGCGGCGCCCCUGGAGAGAAAGGCACGCGCCCGGGAGAGAAAGCGGCGCCCCGAAGAGAAAGCGCGCCCGAAGAAAACAAGCGCCCGAGAGAAGCGGCGCCCCUGGAAAGAAAGCGGCGCCCCUGAGAAAAGGGCAAAGCGCCCGAGAAAAGCGCGCCCGAAGAAAGCGCGCCCGAAGAGCGAGGCGAAGCGAACGCGAAGAAGCGCGCCCGAAGAAAGCGGCGCCCGAAGGCUCGCGCCCGAAAACAAAAGCGCCCGAAGAAGAAAGCGCGCCCCUGGAGAAGAGAACCGCCCCCGGGAGAAAGCGGCGCCCGAAGAAAGAAAGCGGCGCCCGAAGAAAACUCCAGCGCCCCGAAAACAGCGCCCGAAGAAAGCGGCGCCCCUGAGAGAAAGCGGCGCCCCUGAAGAAGAAACAAGCGCCCGGAGAAAGCGGCGCCCGAAGAAAGCAGCGCCCGAAGAAAGCGGCGCCCCUGAAGAAGAAGACAGCGCCCGGAGAAAGCGGCGCCCGAAGAAAGCAGCGCCCGAAGAAGAAAGCGGCGCCCGGAGAAAGCAGCGCCCCUGCGCGCCCGAAGCGCCACUAGAAAGCGCCCCUAGAAGGCAAAGCGCCCGGGAAAGCGGCGCCCGAAAGCGCCCGAAGCGCCCGAAGAAAGCGCCCGAAAAGCGCCCGAAAAGCGCGCCCGAAAGCGCCCGAAAGCGCCCGAAAGAAAGCGGCGCCCCUGGAAGAAAGCGCGAAAGCCCGGAAAAGCGCCCGAAGAAAAGCGCCCGAAGAAAACAAGCGCCCGAAGAAAACUCUAGAGGAAAGCGCACCCCUAGAAAAGCGGCGCCACUAAAAGAAAGCGCCCGAAAAAGCGGCGCCCUUGAAAGAAAAGAGGAAGCAAGUGCCCUGGGAGAAAGCGGCGCCCGAAGAGCGCCCGAGAGAAAGAAGUACCCGAGAAGCGCCCGAAGAAAGCGCCCGAAGGAGCAAAGCGACCGGGAAAAGCGCCCCCGAGAAAGCGCCCGAAGAGCGCCCGAGAAAGCGCCCCGAGAAAAGCGCCCGAAGAAAGCGCCCGAAGAAGCGCUCGAAGAAGAAAGCGGCGCCCCUGGAGAAGAACGAAGUGCCCGGGAGAAAGCGCCCGAGAAAAACGCCCGAAGAGAAAACAAAGCGCCCACCGAAAGCUCUCUGGGGAGAAAGCGAGCACCCCUAGAAAGCAAGCGCGCCACUAGAAAGAAAGCGCCCGAGAAAGCAGCGCCCGAAGAAGAGCGAGUGCCCGAAAGCGCGCCCCUAAGAGAAAGCGCCACUAGAAAGCGCCCCAAGAGAGGGCAAGUGCCCCGGAGAAAGGCGCGCCCGAAAGAGAGCGCCCGAGAAGAAAGCAAGCGCCCCCUAGAGAAGCGGCGCCCGAGAAAGCGGCGCCCGGAAAAGCGGCGCCCGAAGAAGAAAGCGGCGCCCGAAGAAGAAAGCGGCGCCCGAAGAAGAAAGCGAGUGCCCCUAGAAAGCGCCACUAGAAGAAAGCGCCCCAAGAAGAAAAAAGCCCCGGGAAAGGCGGCGCCCGAAAGGCGAAGGGCAGCGAAGAAAGCGCCCGAAGAGAAAGCGGCGCCCCCAGAAAGCGCCCGAAGAAAACAAGCGCCCGAAGAGAAAGCGCCAUUAGAGAAAAACUCCCGAAGAAGAGCGCCCAAGAAGCGAGCGCCGGAGAAAGCAGCGCCCGGAGAAAGAAAAGCGGCGCCCGAAGAGAAAAGCGCCCGAGAAAGCGGCGCCCGAAGAAGCGCCGCCAAAGCGCCCGAAAGCGCGCCCGAAGAAAAGGCAGCGCCCCUGAAGAAAGCGAAAAGCGAAGAGAAACCGCCCUUGAGAAGAAAGCGCGCCCGAAGAAAGCGGCGCCCGAAAAGCGCCCGAAAGCGCCAAGCGCGCCCGAAAGCGCCCGAAAGGUGGCGCCCGGAAAGAAAGCGCGCCGGGAAAAAGCGGCGCCCGGGAGAAAGCGCGCCCAGGAAAGCGCCCGAAAGCGCCCGAAGAAGAGCGGCUCUGGGGAAAGCGCGCCGAAGAAAGCGAGCCCUGAAAACUCCCGAAGAAAGCGAGCUCUGGGGAAAAGCGAGCACCCAAGAAAGCGCCCGAAAGCGCCCACGAGAAAGCGCCCGAAAGCGCCCGAGAAAGCGCCCGAAGAAAGCGCGCCCGGAGAAGAAAGCGGCGCCCGCGGGGAAAAGCGGCGCCCGAAAAGAAAACAACGCCCGAGAAAAGCGGCUCAGGAAGAAAGAAAGCAGCGCCCGAAGAAAGCGAGGCGAAGAGAAAGCGCCCCUAGAAAGCGGCGCCCGAGAGAAAACAAAAAGCGCCCGAGAGAAAGCGCCCGAAGAAAGCGGCGCCCCUGGAAGAAGGAGCAAAAGCGCCCGAGAAAGCAGCGCCCGAAGAAAGCGGCGCCCGAAGAAAAGCGGCGCCCGAGAAAGCAAAAGCGCCCGAAGAAAACAAAAGCGCCCGAGAAAAGCAGCGCCCCUGAAGAAAGCGCAAAAGCGCCCGAGAAAGCGGCGCCCGAAGAGCGGCGCCCGAAAGAAAGCGGCGCCCCGAAGAAGGCAGGAAAAACCGCCCAGGAGAAAGCCGCCCGAAGAGCGGCGCCCGAAAAGCGGCGCCCAGAAAGAAAGCGCCACUAGAAAGCGCCCCAGAAAGAAACCGCCCGGGAGAAGAAGCGGCGCCCGAAGAAAGCGCCCGAAGAAGCGCGCCCGAAAGCGCCCGAAAGCGCCCGAAGAAAAGCGCCCGAAGAAAGCGCCCCUGGAGAGAAGAAGGUGGCGCCCGGAAAGCGGCUCGCCCAGGAGAAAGCCGCCCAGAAAGCGCCCGGAGAAAGCGCCCGAAAGCGCCCCCAGAAGCAGAAAGCGGCGCCCUGAAAAAGCGGCGCCCGAAGAAAGCGCGCCCGAAGAAAGCGCGCCCGAAGAGCGCGCCCGAAAGAAAAAGCGGCGCCCGAAAAACCCGCGGCGCCCGAAAGCAGCGCCCGAAGAAAGCGGCGCCCGAAGAAGCGGCGCCCCCUGGAAGAAGAAAGCGAAGAAAACGCCCAGGAGAAAGCGGCGCCCGAAGAAAACAGCGCCCGAACUAGAAAGCGGCGCCCCUGAGAGAAGGGCAAAGCGCCCCCUGAAAGCAGCGCCCGGAGAAAGCAGCGCCCGAAAAAGCAGCGCCCUGAAGAAGAACGCGCCCAGGGAAAACAAGCGCCCGAGAAAACAACGCCCAGAAAGCAGCGCCCGGAGAAGAGCAGCGCCCCGGGAGAAAGCGGCGCCCGAAGAAAAGCGGCGCCCGAAGAAGAAGCGGCGCCCGAAGAAAAGCGGCGCCCCUGGAGAAAGCGGCAAGAAGCGCCGAAGAAAGCGCCCCAGAGAAGGCAAGUGCCCGGAGAAAGGCGCCCGAAGAGAAAGCGCCCGAGAAAGCGCCCGAAGAAAGCGCCCGAAGAAAGCGCCCGAAGAAAAGCGGCGCCCAGGAAGAAAGCGGCGCCCGGGGAAAACAGCGCCCAGGAAAGCGGCGCCCAGGAAAAGCGGCGCCCGAAGAAAGCAGCGCCCGAAAGCGCCCGAAGAAAGCGCCCGAAAGCGCCCAGAGAAAGCGACGCCAAAAGAAAGCGGCGCCAAGGAAAAGCGAGCGCCCGGAGAAAGCGGCGCCCGGAAAGAAAACGCAAAGCGCCCCAGAAAGCGCCCGAAGAAAACAAGCGCCCGAAGAAAGCGAGCUCUGGGGAAGAAGCGGCGCCCUAGAAGAGAAGCGGCGCCCCUAGAAAAAGCUCCCGAAAGCGCCCAGAGAGAAAGCGGCGCCCGAAGAAAAACAGCGCCCGAGAAAGCGGCGCCCGAAAAGCGCCCCCUGAAGAAAGCAGCGCCCAGAAAAAAAGCAGCGCCCGGAGAAAGCAGCGCCAGAAGAAGAAAGCAGCGCCCGAAGAAAGCGCCCGAAGAAAGAAAGCAGCGCCGAAAAACAGCGCCCGAAGAGAAAACAGCGCCCGAAGAAAGCAGCGCCCGAAGAAAGCAGCGCCCGAAGAAAAGCGGCGCCCCUGAAGCGCCCGAGCGCCCGGAAGAAAGAAAGCGGCGCCCGAAGAAAGCGGCGCCCGAAGAGAAAGCGGCGCCCGAAAAAAGCGCGCGCCAAGAAAGCAGCGCCCGAAAAAGCGGCGCCCUAGAAAGAGCGCCACUAGAAAGCGCCCGAAGCAGCACCCCUGAAGAGCAGAAAGCGCCCGGAGAAGCGGCGCCCGAAAACAAGCAACCCGAAGAAAGGCAAAAGCGCCCAGAAAAGCGCGAAAGCAGCGCCCGAGAAAGCGUCGCGAAAGCGGCGCCCGAGAAGCGAGCGCCCGAGAAAACAAGCGCCGGAAAGAAGCAGCGCCCUGAAAAGAACAGCGCCCGAAAAGAAAGCGCGCCCGAAGAAAGCAGCGCCCGAAAAGAAAACAGCGCCCGAAGAAAGCCCCUGGAGAAACUCGCCCGGGAAAGCACGCCCGAAGAAAGCGCCCAGAGAAAGCGGCGCCGAGAAAGCGCGCCCAGAGAAAGCGGCGCCAAGGAAAAGCGGCGCCCGAAGAAAGCGCGCCCAAAAAGCGGCGCCAAGGAAGCGCAUAAGAGAAAGCAGCGCCCGGGAAAAAGAAAACAAGCGCCCGGGAGAAGAGAAAACGCGCCCGAAGAGAAAGCGCGCGCCCGAGGAGAAAGCAGCGCCCGGAGAAAGCGCCCGAGAGCCCCAGAAAGCGCCCCAGAGAAAGCGCCCCCUAGAAAGCGCCCGAAAACAAGCAAACAAAGCGCCCGGAAAAGCAGCGCCCGAAAAACAAGCGCCCGAGAAAGCGGCGCCCGAAAGAAGCAAAGCGCCCUGAAGAAAGCGCGCCCGAAAGCGGCGCCCGGAAAAAAGAAAGCGACGCCCGAAAGCGGCGCCCGAAAAGGCAAAAGCGCCCGAAGAGAAAGCGGCGCCACUAGCGGCGCCCUGGAGAAAAAGAAGCGCCCGGAGAAAGCGGCGCCCAGGAAAAGAGCGGCGCCCGAAAGCGCCCGAAAAGCGCCCGAAGAAAGCGCCCGAAGCGCCAAGAAGCAGCGCCCGAAGAAGCAGCGCCCCUGGAAAGAAGGCAGCGCCCGGGAGAAAACGGCGCCCGAAGAGAAAGCAGCGCCCGAAGAAAGCGCCCGAAGAAAGCAGCGCCCCAGAGCGCCCCUAGAAAAGCGCCACUAG